AAACAUAAUUCGGGAUCCUGAUGAAGGCGUAGCAUAUGAUGCUGAGCCGAAAGGGAUAUAUGCGGUGCAAAUUGGCACCACGCUUAGCAAUUUGGAGGAGAUGUUUACGUCAAAGGUGGCAAGUUACGGGGAAAGUGUCCGAUUGACCUUCAAAUGUAGAUAUCCUUAUCGCCAGUGGCAAGCACACAGCAAAUACAAGAUAUUACCGCUCAAUGACGGUGAGGCGUUGAACACCGUAUUAAGUAUCGGUGCAAGUUUUCAAGCACCAAAUUGUUUGGAAGUCUACAUUGAUAAAGAGAUUGUACACAAUAUCCCGAACAUGACACAUAUGGAUUCUCGUCCGUUCACUACAUUGCUGACGCAUGGGAUUGACACAACAUCAUUUCAGUCUCCUAUGUAUGAAUCAGAUCAAUGUUAUCCAUUGGGCUACACACAACAGUCAUUUCAGGGCCAUGGUGUAGAAUCAAGUUCACGUGGUGGAUAUGGUUAUGAAUUUGACAGUAACACACAAGAUGUGCCGACAUGCAGCCAUCAUACCACUCCAAUUGAAGUUACUGGUAAUAUGGCUGAAACUGUGAACGAGGUGCAGUUUGCUGACAGUGACAUGUACGGUCCUGAUGUCGCCCUAAACGAUGAUGACAAUGAAAUGUGUGAGGAAGAAAAUGUAUUAGGCGGAUCAGAUGAUGAUGAUGAUGAAGAAUAUGAUGCACAGGCUCCCGUUGAACCUGAAAAUGCCCCCAUUCCACCUAGAGCAAUUGCCUAA